CGAUCCAGUGACUGGAGAAGUAACAGGCUGGCCCUCUGUGCGAAAUGACAACCCUGGGCGGAAGUCCCCUUUUGCCCAGAAGACUCUGGUCUCCGCUACUCGUGUCUGCUGCCCUCGCGAAGCAAGGCCCAGCCGUCUUCGCGGCGCCCCGCCCCCCGUCUCUCAUUGGCGCCCGCGGCGCACGUGGGGGGGGGGGCAAAGAGGCGUGGACACAGUGGCUGGGGCGGGCGGCCGGAGUCCGUAGGUCAUGAGAGGCCCGUGGACUCGGGCUUGGGGCCGCAGGGAUACCAUGGUGCCGGGCCCGUGGCGACGGCGGCGGCCGGAGGAGCUGCAGGUUCCGGGGGACGCGAAGCGGGUGUGCAGGAGACUCGAGGCGGCUGGGCAGGAGCGAGGCUGCCCCCCGGUGAAGGUGAGCGCCCCCAUGUCCUGGAGCGGCGAGGGGCUCCCUGACAGCGGCCAGCGGUGGCCACGCGUGGGGAUUCCUCACAACGGUGGAAGGAACUCGGCCCAGCCUUGCCCGAGAUGUAUUGCGGGGGAAUCUGGACAUCUUAGCCACACGGAGAACUAUUAGAAGGUGCAAGCGGGAAGGCUCCGGUCUGGGUUCCAGCCAUCCACGUGCCGGCGAGUGUCGUGUCCUGGACGGACGUGGGCGCCCACCUGUUCACGCUGCAGCCCGUUGUCCUCUCGCUCGGGUGACCCCCGUGUCCACCACGCCAGAGCCAGGAGGACCCCGUCCCCUCAGAGGAGCCUUCCGACCGUUGUUACCUGCCACAGCCUCCUUUCAGAUGUAUCGUUUGCAUCAUGUCAAAGUUAAAAAAAGAUCCGGUGUCAGAUUCCCUAUGAGGUUUGAGGGCCCAGUGGCUCAUGGAGCUUCGUCCGGGCUCUUCCGUCAGGCUUUCCAGUUGUUUUGUGGGUGUGUCCAGGGCUGCUUGUGCUCUUUUUUAACUAAAAGACUUAUUUUUAUAUUUAAAAUACUCUAUAAUCUUAACCUGGAUUUUACUAAAUGCUGGUAUCCAAUCUGUUCCAUGUAAUUCCCCAACCGAAGUUGUCAGGCACAGGGCUUCCUUUAUAUUAAAGUGAAAUUUCUUAUUUC